UGUAAGGAGAGGGUGGCUGCUCGGAGCUGUCCUUUGGGCCCAAGAAAGUCUGGCAGCGGAGGGGCAGUGUUCUGGCGGGACAGGAAAGCUGUCUGCCCUGUCUCGGAGAUGGAGAGCAGGUGCUAUGGUUGCGCGGUCAAGUUCAGUCUGUUCCGAAAGGAGUGUGGUUGUAAGAAUUGUGGUCGAGCCUUCUGUUCCAACUGCCUCUCCUUCAGCACAGCUGUUCCCCGCUUUGGGAAUACCCAGCAGAAGGUCUGCAAGCCAUGCUAUGAGGUGCUGACCAGAGGGCCUUCAGAAGCGAGUAUCUCCAAGUGGUCACCACCUGAGAACUACAAAAAGCGUGUUGCUGCCUUGGAGACCAAACAGAAGCUCAUUGCUUCCAGGGGCUUGGUUCAGCCCCAGGGACUGACUCAAGAAGACCAAGUCAUUGCCAAGCGACUUGAAAAACUCCGGCAAGAGACCAAGCCUAAAGUAGUCCCUUCCCAAGCAGAGAUUGAGGCCCGGCUGGCCGCACUUCGGAAUGAUCCUCAAGGCCCCAUCCCUUCCACGGAGGAGAUGGAGGAUCGACUAGCUGCACUGCAGGGCAGGGUACCCCCAUCCCAGGCUCCCCGGCUGGUCCACCAGCCUCCUGACGCCAGGACGCAGGCCCAGCAGGCAGAGGAUCUUCUGACACAGCUGGCAGCUGAGGUGGCAAUCGAUGAAAGCUAUGAUCAAGAAACCUCAGCAUCAAACCCCUCACUGCAAAAUGACCUUAACCGGGACAGCCCAAGAGGCUGGAACAUUAACCCUGCUGAACUAGCCCCCCAGCAGCUGGAAGGAGAGAAGGACAGGCUCCUGGCAGAGGCAGCAGCUGAGCUAAGGGAAGAGAAUACCCGGGAGGAGAGGAUUCUGGCCCUUGCUAAGCAGCUAGCUGUGCUUCGGGGUCAGGACCCUGAACGAGUGACCUUGCAGGAUUUUCACUUCCCUGACAGUGAUGAGGAGGAGGAAGAGGCCAUCCAGAGAGUCCUGGGGCAGCUUACAGAAGAGGCUGCCCUGGACGAGGCAAGUGGUUUCAACAUCCCAGCAAAGCAGCCUCCUCCUCCCAAGUCUAAGCACUCUGCCUCUCGCCCUUCCGCUUCUCUCCAGGCCCUGGCUGUGGCCCCCAAGGCCGAAUCUGAGAUUGAGGAGCAGCUGCCCUGGUGCUGCAUCUGCAAUGAAGACGCCACCCUACGCUGCUAUGGCUGCGACGGCGACCUCUACUGCGCCCGCUGCUUCCGGGAGGGCCACGAUGCCUUUGAACGGAGAGAGCACAGGACGUCCGUGUACCGCCCGCCUGCCCAGGCCGGGGGCGCUCGCCCGGCCGGCACUCUGCUGAGGAUCGGGCCUGCUGGAAAGGCAACUCUGUAGCUGGCUCCUCGAGGCGCUGCAGGGGACCUUGGUGCAACGGCUCCCCGCUCUGCCUGCACCCCAGAGGUGGCGCCGCGGCUGCAGGGAUGAGGGAGCCCUCCUGUGCGGCCCUCAGGUCCCAGGGACAGGCAGGAUCCUCUUCCCAUAGGGGCAGGGCCGGGAGCCUGGGGAAGGAUGGAGAGGAAGGCAGGGAGGUCGCCGGGGGUUUGAAUUCUCACUGUACUCUACCGGCAGUCUUAAGGCCUGGCCCGAGAGCUAUUCAGUGCACAGGACCUCAGUAACCUCCAGUAAAAUGGAUUUAACU